AUGAACGAGCAAUAUCUUAAAGAACAGCUGAAUAUAGGGAAGCUUAUAAAGGAAAAAGUCGCGGACUCCUUGAGGAACGUGGAUGUUUUGAAUGUUUUGAAGAAAAUGGUUGAUUCAGCGCCAGAGAGUGAAGAAACAGAGGAAAUAAGACAGCAAUUGGAUGGUAUUCUGACUCAAUACAACUCGUUGCCCGAAGAACAGAAAACUCAAUUCGCUCACCAAGUGAAAGAGGCACUUACUAACAAACUGGCGAAGAAAUUGGAGGAAGCGCCUUUAGAUUUCGGUGAAGUUGAAACAUUUUUGCGUGAUGCCGUCAGAACACAAAUAUAUUUGUACUCGGCUGCGGCUGUCAUAUUUGUUAUAAUUCUUGUAUUCUUCGGCUACAAGCUGUACAAGUCUAUAAAAGAGAAAGAAAAAAAGAAAGAAGAGAAGAAGAAAUUGAAACAAAUGAAAAAGAAGAAAUAA